UAUAUGACGUGUUUGAUUAAUCUUCUUGCAAUAAUAGGUAGUCAAAUUCUUGUGAGCCGUCUAGGGCUUGGUCGCAAUCCUAAUAUAUGGGACGAGCCUAACGUAUUCAAGCCAGAGCGCCACCUUGCUGGCCAUGUUGGAAACUCAAUGGACGUGACUUUGAUGGAGCCUGAGAUGCGGUACGUAAUAUUCAGCACCGGUCGACGUGGCUGCGCAGGUAUUAAAAUUGGGACAUCUAUGACUAUAAUGUUGCUAGCCAGGCUUCUCCAGGGGUUCGAAUGGACCCUCCCUAAUGAUACAAGUCAAGUCGAGCUUUUUCCGGCGGAUACUAACUUGUUCAUGGCCAAACCUCUACUCGCAUGUGCGAAACCUAGGCUGACUCCAACUUUGUAUCCGAAAAUUCAGGUCUAAAAUUCGGAGAACUUAUUCGCUGGAAAAAACUAUCAAGAUAU